GGUGCGGGCUGCGACCGAGGCACGUGCGAACGCCGACGUCGUGCUGAACUUUGGAUGAACAGCGCAGUGCAUGAUGCUAGCACUUGGACGCCAGUAUUUCCCGCGCUUCUCUUCCUUCUUUCUGCCGCGCCUCCCUUGCUGUUUUGAGUGUAUCUGAAGAGAAAUCUGCAAAAUGGCCUCAAAUAAGAAAAGCAGUCUCACUGGCUACCUGCCAGACAUCUUGAUGGCGGCAGCAGCACCUUUGAUCGCCUACUUCGUCAUCCGCAAUCUGCUCGCGCGACUCGACCCCGAUGCCCAACAAAAGGAAGAGGCACGCGCCAAAUCCGCCGCCGCCACUCGGAAACUCGACGCCAUCCUCACCAGCAAACGGCGGAAAAGCUACGGCGAAUACGACAGCGAUGAAGACGAGGAGGGCUCGCGGAAUCGGAGGCCGCGCAUGCAGGAGCUCGUGCUGAACAGCUAUGAGCAGACCAUCGCCAUGGAGGUUGUUGCGCCCGAGGAGAUUCCAGUGACGUUUGACGACAUUGGCGGCCUCGACUCGAUCAUCGAAGAGUUGAAGGAGUCAGUCAUCUAUCCGCUCACAAUGCCACAUCUCUACUCGCACUCGUCGUCUCUGCUGAGCGCACCCAGCGGCGUGCUCCUGUAUGGCCCUCCCGGGUGCGGAAAGACUAUGCUGGCAAAGGCGCUCGCCCACGAAUCGGGCGCCUGCUUCAUCAACCUCCACAUCUCGACUCUCACAGAGAAGUGGUAUGGUGACAGCAACAAGCUGGUCAACGCUGUCUUCAGUCUGGCAAGGAAGCUGCAGCCGAGUAUUGUCUUUAUUGACGAGAUCGAUGCAGUGCUGGGCCAAAGACGAAGCGGUGAGCACGAGGCGAGUGGCAUGGUGAAGGCUGAGUUCAUGACGCACUGGGACGGUCUCGCUUCCUCCACAGCCUCCGGCAGCAACACACCACAACGGAUAUGUAUCCUCGGCGCCACGAACCGAAUCCAAGACAUCGAUGAAGCCAUCCUCCGCCGCAUGCCCAAGAAGUUCCCAGUCGCUCUGCCCAACGCUUCGCAGCGACACAACAUCUUCUCCCUCAUUCUCCGCGGCACAAAGAUCGAUAGCAAGAACCUCGACCUCGACUACCUGGUGCGCGUCUCCGCAGGCAUGUCCGGCUCAGACAUCAAAGAAGCGUGCAGAGACGCGGCUAUGGGGCCGGUCAGGGAAUACAUUAGGCGCAAGAAGGCAGACGGUACUUUGAAGAGCAGCAGAGGAGUCAGGGAUGAAGACGUACGUGGACUCCGGACAGAAGACUUCUUCGGCAGAGGGAAGGGUCUGAGGGAGAUGGAGAGCCUUGACGAGACACGCGAGGAGAUGAACGCUAGGAGCAGGAGGAUACACACCACCUCCGAGUCUUCGGAGGAAGUCAGCAGCACCGACAGCGCCACCAGCGGUGACGAGAAGUCGCGGCAAUACGACGAUCCUGAGCCCUCAGUGAUCAGGUAAUCAGUCCCAACUCAUCUGUUUCGAUAUAUAUUUGGUAGGCGCUUCAGGCAGCAUCUUCACUACAUCUACAUGGGCGGCGUUCUUGAAGAGCCGGGACUAGACCCUAGAUUUCGACUGUUGUACAAAC